AUGGGCACUGGAGCGAUAGCUGAGAAGCUGCAUGCUGCCGCAGGACCAACUGAGACAGUCGAAUAUGAAGCAAUACAGCAACAGCCGCAAGACAUCCAAAUACAACUCAUGCCCCAUCAAAUGAAUGGAGUGGCAUUUCUACGCCACCUACGAAGCAAUCAAGCACAUGGGAUACUUGCCGACGAGAUGGGGCUAGGAAAAACCCUUCAAGUCCUAUCCUUUUUCCAAUUCACAAUGAAUCUUGAAAAAGGGGACACUCGCCCAUUUUUGGUGAUCUGUCCCCUCAGUGUUAUCGACGGUUGGAUGGCGGAAAUAAAAACGAAGACAUUUAUGAGAGCCAUUCAGUUUCAUGGAGACGACAAUGUCCGUCAGUCAAUUGGCAGACAGGCCAAGAAUGGAGAAGUCGAUAUACUUCUCGCCACCUAUGAAACCGUUGUUAAUGAUAUCCAUCGUUUACAGCGACUUGUUCGCUGGAGAGGCGUAGUCCUUGAUGAAGGACACCGUCUUAAGAGUAACACAAACAAACUCUCGAUUGCAUUAAAAAAGCUGAAGACAGACCAGCGUAUUAUUUUGACUGGAACACCUAUUCAAAACAAUCUGGGAGAGUUAUGGUCGAUUUUUAAUUGGCUUUAUCCUAAAGUGUUCAUUCAGGAAACGCUAGCUUGCUUUCAAGAUGCCUUCUCCCUCACGGAAGGGAAAGUGGACACUUUGUUUUUGCAACAGGUGAAGGAGUUUCUACGGAUAAUUAUGCUUCGCCGGACGAAGGAGACUGCUGGUUUCAAUUUGCCUCCAAAGAAGGAGCUAAACAUCUAUCUCCCUUUGACGAAUGUCCAAAGGUCACUCUAUCUCGAGGUACUCACCGGUGCGAGUGGAGAUAUCCAAGAAAAUGAAGUGCUGCAAACUCCCCCAGCCAGUCCUCGGGGUACCAGUAUGUCUUUCUCGUCUUGUGAUGACCAAGGAGCAUUCGAUAGCAACUCAGGGCGUUCGAUUUCAAACGUUUUGAUGGAGCUUCGUAAAAUUUGUAUACAUCCUCUAUUGGUCGCAGACGUUGAUCCGACAGAGGAACAACCUGAGAUCAACGUAUCAACCUUGAUCAACUCCUCUUCCAAAUACAUAUUUCUCCGAAAACUCCUCGAGGAAGAGGUAGUCAAAAACAAGAAGAUCAUCAUAUUCUCAGGUUUUGAUUACGCCUUGAACUGCUGUGAGAGCUUACUCGCAGAAUUGCAUAUUUGCUAUGUCCGACUUGAUGGUCGAACCAGUACUGCCCUAAGAAAGUACAACAUUCAUCGAUUCAUGUAUUCAGAGUACAAAGUAUUCAUCAUGGCAACACGCGCAGGCGGGGAAGGCAUUACUUUAACUGCUGCGGAGGUUGUUGUUUUCCUUGAUAUGGAUUUUAAUCCUCAGGUGACUGCCCAAGCCGAAGGCAGAGCACAUAGGAUUGGGCAGACGAAAUGCGUUACCGUCUACAAAAUCUGCACUCGAGGGACGGUAGAGGAGCAGAUGGUCGACCGCAUCAAUAAGAAGGUCUAUUUGGCAUCAAGGCUUCUGGACAGCGCUACAAACACCUCAAGGUCAGCCAUGGGCUCAGGAAACAUAGAAACUGAUUCAACAUUUAUGAGAAGUCUCCUCCGUCACAACGCCAAAGCCAUUUCUGCAAGAGAAUGGAGUCCCGACCAGCUCUUGACUAUGGAAUGGGAGAGCGUUUUGCAGUUUUGCACUGAAAUUGAAGACCUUACAAACACAAAUGAUCUUUUAUCUCCGCCAGAGUCCCCCGUCACGCCGAGACGUGAACACUUCGUGAAAGAGGAAAAUCAUUGGCUGUCUCACAGCAGCAAAAUUCAAACGGGUCUGUUUGAUGGCAGGCAUUUCAAACGUCCUCGAGCGACGCUAAAAGAGGACGCCAUUCAUAUAGACGUGAGACGUGAGGAGAGGCGUUUAAAUAAGGAACGUAUUAUCUUUGACGAGGAAAUAAAUUAUUACGUUAGCAAGGAAUCUACACAAUGCAAGGCAUGGGAAGCUGUGCCGACCUCCACAGCUACAUCUGUUUCUAAGACUAAGGCUUCUAAGUUGAAGCAUCUUAAGACAUGCAUGAUUUGCCGGAAACCGAAAAACCUCGAACUGUGCAUCUGUUGCCCUCAAGCGUAUCAUGAAAGAUGUGUUCACCCCAAGGGCAACGAGAGGAAGACUUCGUUUUGCAUUGAUUGCGUCGAUUUGGAUGCCAUCAAACCCGUCGAAGAGCACAAAGAGUUUGAGAUGCUAGGCUAUGAGCAGCCUAAACACGUUGAGUACAUUGUAUGCAAAGAGUGCAAUAGUUCCAAGCCAGUGCAGAAACGGUCAAUCGAUAACCUACACAGGUAUCACUUGCGACGUGUGAAGCGCAGAACUUGA